AUGGAUAACUACAACAAGGGCAGCAACGAAAAAAUCCAGAAAUAUCCUAAAAACAAAGAAAUUUACAUGCGGGUUAAAAUGCCCACGUACAAAGUCGUUAUGGGGGUUGCGUCCCCAUGGUUAGUCACCCUUAAGGUGACUGAAUGCGGCCCCUAUCGCACAAAACCAUUCCGUUCAUCCAAUAGUCCUGUUCCAUGUACAUUUCGUUUUGGAUGGGUUCAUUCCAAUUUGUAA